AUGGACGAGAAAGCCGUAGAGUUAUUGCUUCUGUGUCGUGUUCCGGUGAUUAGUGAUGAUGCCAAGUGGAGAUUAAAUUUAAUAUUGUCAUCUUGGCAUUGCUUGAAGGAAAAUAUUGCCAAUAAAAAUAUUCAAAUGGAACACAAAACUUUGCCUCUGCUGACCGUGAAAAAUUGGGCAACAUUCCAUGUUACAACCCUCAUAGUUAAACAACCCUUUCAGUUUGAAAUUUAUGAGGAAAAGGAAUUUAAUUUCUCGCCUCUCUUCAAUCAUUAA